CCUGCCUGUCGUUCUCAGAAAAAAAUAACUGUUGGAGUCAGUGGUGGAAAAAGUACCCAAUUGUCAUACUUGAGUAAAAGUAAAAAUACCUUAAUAGAAAAUGACUCAAGUAAAAGUGAAAGUCACCCAGUAAAAUACUACUUGAGUAAAAAUCUAUAAUUAUUUGGUUUUAAAUAUAUUUAAGUAUCAAAAGUAAAUGUAAUUGCUAAAUAUACUUAAAAAACGUGAAAAUGGUGCCUCCUGAUUUUCUUAAUAUAAGGAAUUUGAAAUUAUUCAUACUUUUACUUUUAAGUUUACAGAUAGCCAAGGGCACACUCCAACAGAUGACCAGAGAUGUUGCCUUGAUCAGUGUGUGAAUUGGACCAUUUUCCUGUCCAGCAUUCAAAAUGUAACAAGUACUUUUGUGUGUCAGGGAAAAUGUAUGGAGUAAAAAGUACAUUAUUUUCUUCAGGAAUGUAGUGAAGUAAAAGUAAACGUUUUCCAAAAUAGAAAUAGUAAAGUGAAGUACAGAUACCUCAAACGACUUAAGUAGUACAUUAAAGUAUUUAUUACUUAAGACCACUGGUGCUAAUCUCUCUUUACCAGAUUCUACCACUGCAUACAUGGGUAAUAUUCAUAAAUAUCUAUGCAUUUACUUAAAUUAAGGUUUGUUGUUUGUUAUUUUCGAUCAAGUAGUGAUUGAUAUGUAUCGGGGUUUUUUCAACACCACAUGCCAGUAGGUGGCAGUAUGUGGAAAUAUAGGUUGUAUGCCACUCACGACUAAGACUGUUUGCGGAAGUGCUACAUUGUUUCCACGAGACAAGCAGGUCUAGACUGAAAUGUAGCUAAAGAAAGCAGGAGAAUCUUAUUUGGUAGUGUCUGGUGACCAGUGGUGAGCCUUCAGAAUAGCCAUGUCUUUCAGGAUGGUCUCCUUGAUUGCCUCCAGGCUUGGCAAAGUGUCAGUGAUGCCCACAAGGAGCUGUAGUCGAAACGUCAGCAGAGAUGCCAGCAAGGCCUGGAUGGAUCAGAGGCAGACACACAGGACCUCGGCCCACAGACACAGAGAGAAGGAGGAGAGGUUUGAAGAUCCAGAUAUGGACGAUGUAGACGACAAGGUCCAGGCUGUGUUCAGUGAAGAGAGGAGGAGACAGAGGACGGUGAAGUACCAUAUAGUCAAGAGACAGCUGACUGAGUCUGGAGCUCCAGAGAGGAAGCUGAGCUGGGACGCCAUGGAACAGAUCAGGUAUCUGAAGCAGGAGCUACCAGAGGAAUGGACCAUUGACCGUCUGGCAGAGGGAUUCUCUGUCCAUCGUGACAUCAUCCUACGAGUCCUGAGGAGCAAGUUCACCCCCAAACCAGAGAGGAAGGCUAAACAGGACGCCAGCGUGUGGGCCAGGCUGAGACAGCAGGCCUUACCUGGGAGUGGAGCAGGGGGACAGGGCAGGCAGCAGGCCUUACCUGGUGGUGGAGCAGGGGGACAGGACAGGCAGCAGGCCUUACCUGGUGGUGGAGCAGGGGGACAGGGCAGGCAGCAGGCCUUACCUGGUGGUGGAGCAGGGGGACAGGGCAGGCAGCAGGCCUUACCUGGUGGUGGAGCAGGGGGACAGGACAGGCAGCAGGCCUUACCUGGGAGUGGAGCAGGGGGACAGGACAGGCAGCAGGCCUUAUCUGGGAGUGGAGCAGGGGGACAGGGCAGGCAGCAGGCCUUACCUGGUGGUGGAGCAGGGGGACAGGGCAGGCAGCAGGCCUUACCUGGUGGUGGAGCAGGGGGACAGGGCAGGCAGCAGGCCCUACCUGGUGGUGGAGGGGCAGGGGGACCGGGCAGACCACAGCUGCCUGCCCCUGGACAUAGAAGUAGCAAACCAGCCAUGCUGCCCGCAGGAAGUGGCACUGGUGCCCUGGUCACCCUGGCUAGCCACAGUAGCCAGAGGCUGAUAGCCAGGGACUUGGAGGAUGGCCCUGGCCCAAGAGCCAUGAUGACUACUGCUAAUAGUCCUGCUGCUCCUCUCACCUCACUACCCACCCAGCUCUCAUCCUCACCAACCCUGCACAGGAGACACACCUCAGGACAAGAUAACUCUAGAGAGGAGUGGGAGGAAGAGGAGAAUGUUCCAGAGGACAAUGUGUCGGAGAAGGUUGAGGAGAAAGACGACCAGGAGGAGAGAUGGGAUGGAAGGGUGUUUUCAGAGGAAGAACUGGAGGAACUAAUGCUGUCGUCAAAGCCUUCGCGAGUGGUACAGAAUGGGAUAGAGUUCUUUGACAGCGAAGGAAACUUCCUGUACAGAAUCUGAGACAGCAAAAUGGCACCCUGUGCACUACUUUUGACCAGGGCUAAAUGGCACCCUAUUCCCUAUAUAGUGCACUACUUUUGACCAGGGUGCCAUUUUAGAAGUAGCCUGAGAUGUUGUUAAUGUGUUGGUUUCCUAAAUACAAUAAAAUGCAAUAGACUUCUGUUGGAAGAUGCCAGAGACUGAUUAUGCCGCAAACCAAUAAAGCACUAUUUCAAAUGUA